AUGUCUGAUCAGCCAUCGUAUGGGAGAUACACAGUGGAGAAAUCAGAAACAGGAGAGUUCAUUGUGACCAUCAGUAAACUGCAGAAGUCAGACGCUGGGACGUACUGGUGUGGAGUGGGUGGCUCUAAAUAUGAUGAAGUGGAUGUCACAGUUGUGGGCGUAUAUGAUGGUAUUCUAAUUGGAAUAGUCCAUGUGAAGCUUCCAAAGUCUUUCAUUCUUAUGUCCAGCAUAUCUGGCACAGCCCAAGAGGGUCAGCAUUCCAGGCAUUCUGUGGAGGUGGCUGCCAAUGAUAACAUGUACAUGACUCUCGACAUCACAUCCAGAUCUGAUUCAGGCUAUGUCCCACAGCCGGGAACCAGAAAGUUUGUCUGUAAGAAACCAUGUGGUGGAAAUGAUGUCUUCAUCAUGUCUGAUCAGCCAUCGCAUGGGAGAUAUACAGUGGAGACCUCAGAAACAGGAGAGUUCAUUGUGACCAUCAGUAAACUGCAAAAGUCAGAUGCUGGGACAUACCGGUGUGGAGUGGGCGGCUCUGUGUAUCAUGACGUGGAUGUCGCAGUUGUGGGCGUGGUGAAACCAACAGACACAGAAGAGCUCCUCAACUUUACCUCCAACACCACUGAGGUCAAAGUCUACACUGUUGGACCAAACGCCACUUUAGAAAGCAUCACUCGACUGAAUAAUACUGCCGCUUUCCUGGAUAUCGACAUCAUCAGUAUCGCCAAGAACAACAAGGGACAUGCAUCUGUGGCCUUCAUGACGUAUGACAACAUGUCAGAAAUACUGAAGCCCACCUUCUUCCCCUCAAAGAAAGACACAGUCAACACUAUGAUGUCCACAGUAGUCUCAGCCUCCCUGCCCAAAACCACCAACAAAACACUUACCAAUCCAGUUAACUUCACCCUGAAACACAUCAGAGAGAUGGAUCCUACAGGAACCCUUUACUGUGUCUACUGGGACAAAACUGCAUGGAGCACAAAUGGCUGUGUGAGAAUCAGUGAGGAAAAUUCCAAUGAUACAAUCUGUUCCUGCAAACACUUGUCUACCUUUGCUCUCCUCAUGCAAACAGAAAAAAUACCUGAGUGGAGUGAUCGCUUGGGGCUGCUGAGCACCAUUGCUUUUGCAGUAGGACUGACAUUCCUGUUCUUGGCUAUUUUGACCUUCAUCCUGUUUCGUAAGAACUCGAGAGUGAGCAGCGUACUUCGACUGAACCUCUGCAUCUGUCUGCUGCUAGCACACCUCCUCUUCCUACUUACUCAACGUUUUCUGGCUCACAGCAGUUACAAGGUGUUGUUAAUGGCAUAUCGCCCACCAUCAGGAGCAUGUGCUGUGUUUGCUGGAAUAUUGCACUUCCUUCUUCUCUCUGCAUUUGUGUGGAUGUUCCUUGAGGCCAUAACACUCUUCAUCUCAGUGAAGAACCUAUCAAAGAUCAAAUCCAGGCGGAGGGAGGUGCUUCACUGGAAAUACCAACUUGUGAUUGGUUAUGUGGUCCCCACUCUUGUGGUUGGUGUAUCUGUGGCUGUUCAGCGUGACGGUUAUGACAGUGAGACGUGCUGGAUUAAGUUGGGGACGAGUUUUGUGUGGAGUUUUUUGGGUCCUGUUUGCUUCAUUCUUGCAAUGAAUUUGAUCCUCUUCAUCACCAUCAUCAUCACUCUUCAGUGUACACUGAUGCACCUGAGCGGUGAUGUCUCGCAGAUCAAAACCAGCAGGACUAUGGUGUUCAAAGCACUGGCCCAGUUUUUUAUACUGGGUUGCCCCUGGAUACUGGGGUUCCUCACAAAUGUAAGUAUGGGGCUGGAGAUCAUCUUCUUACUCCUCACUUCUCAGCAAGGCACCUUCAUCUUCCUGGUCCACUGCGUCCUCAGUGAAGAGGUAAAUCAGAAUCAAUUUCAGAAACCUUUGAAUUGUUUCUCAUGCAUAUGUUUCCAGAUGUUCUGCGACCUGCAUCAGUGA